AUGAGUUCGGUCGAGCUGAGAAGAAUCGAGGAUCAAUUGGGCUCUCUCUGCCAUACCAUCCAGAGACUGGUGAACCUCUCACUCCCAUUCUACUAUCAUGAUCGGGAGCUGCUCAUGGCCCAAAUGACACGGAUCAAGUCUCUGCCCGACGAACUCUCGACUGAAUUCGACUCCUCUAUCCUCUUAUUAUGCUUCUAUCUCUUACCCCGAUCGGACGCUCAGAUCGAUCUUCCUCUAUCUGGAAAUCACUUCAAAACGUGGUUCCUUACCUUGAGAGAACACUUCUGUCUGGCUAUUGGCCACUUCCGAACUGCCCUAUAUCACUUCAAAGAUGAGAUUCACACGAUUUGA